AGAAGAGAGGGACAGAGGGUGAAGGAAGAGUGGAAGAGACUAGAGAGGGUGGAGAAAGCGACACUGAGUAGCAGAGAGACAACAUUUCAAUAGAUUUCAACCGUUUGCUUUUCUAGGGUUUCCGUCGACUUCUUUCAGCUCUAUCCGAGGGUACUGAUCUGAAAUCUGCGACAGAGAAGGGUCGAAAUUUGAAUCUUCUCCUGGACUUUUAACCAUCUUCGAAGGACAUGACAAAAAGGAUAUUCUGCGAGAAUUUGUACGGAUUUUGUCGCAGUUAUCCUAAUUUCUGGCAUUUUAUUGAGCUUUUCUUAAUGUUUUCUGUGGCGCCUAUCUGAAGAUCUUGGUUUUUGUGGCUGUUCUUCGAAAUGCAAAAGAUCUUUCUAAAGCCCCAAUUCCGUGGAAUAGAGGAUUAAAAUGAGGUGCAACGCAUGCUGGAGAGAAUUGGAAGGGCGCGCCAUUACGACCACUUGUGGCCAUCUCUUAUGUACGGAAGAUGCUAGCAAGAUCCUAAGUAGUGAUGGAGCAUGCCCCAUUUGUGAUCAAGUGCUGUCUAAAAGCCUUAUGAAACCUGUGGAUAUCAAUCCCAAUGAUGAAUGGAUAAAUAUGGCUAUGGCUGGAAUAUCUCCACAAAUAUUGAUGAGAAGUGCAUACCGAAGUGUUACGUUCUUUAUGGGACAAAAGGAGCUGGAGAUGCAAUACAAGAUGAGCAAAAUAGUAGCUCAGUGCCGGCAAAAAUGUGAGGCAAUGCAAGAAAAGUUCACUGAAAAACUGGAGCAAGUGCACACUGCAUAUCAGAAAAUGGCUAAAAGAUGCCAGAUGAUGGAACAAGAGAUUGAAAGCUUAACCAAGGAUAAGCAAGAACUCCAAGAGAAAUUUUCAGAGAAAUCUAGGCAGAAGAGAAAACUUGAUGAAAUGUAUGACCAAUUGAGAAAUGAGUAUGAAUCAGUGAAGCGAUCGGCAAUCCAACCGACUAGCAAUUUCUAUCCUAGAGCUGAGCCUGAUUUGUUUGCAAGCCCAGCUAAUAUGAUGGAUAACAGAGAUCACCUCAGACAAGAUCGGUCGAUUUUCAUUCCUGACACUCCAGGACCAAGAGAAGAUAUGUGGCCUGCGCCGAGGCAGAAAAAUUCCAACUCUGGCCCCUUUGAUGUCUCCGGCGAAUCACCAGUAAAGCAAGCUCCAGUUCCUGCUGAUGCUGGCAACAGAAGGGCUGGUGUUCGUCCCCAGUUCGGAGCUGGAAUUAGUAAUCCCUCCAUGACUUUACGAAAUCUCAUACUGUCACCAAUGAAACGACCCCAGCUAUCCCGUAGCCGACAACAAAUAUUCACGUUAUAGGCUGGAAUAUAGAAGACUAGUGCAUGCUGGUUCUAGUUUCCACAACCGAAAGCUUUCUCCGUUGAUAUAAUUGGAAAAAGGAUAGGUCAAAGAAAUUACUUUGACAAUCAGAAUUCCUUUUACUGGCUUUUAAUUUCUCCUUGCGCCUUACGAGGAGAUAACGUUAGAAACAUCUCCGAUCAUACCUUCAAAAUACAAGCUUCAUAUACUUUUCAUGACGGUUAAGGUAACUUUGCAUAGAUGUAAAGCUGAUCAUUUUUGUGUAAACUGUAAAGAGAAACGAGGAUCGAGCUUCACAUGAGUCGUCAGUCGUGUGUUCAAGUCAUUCAUGCUACUUGGAUGAAUUUCUGUGUUUGAAACAGUGAAGAAUCUAAGUCUGGCUACAGAUGAUUCUCACAUUCCCAAAUCCUCCACAACGAACCUUAAGAUGCAUUAGGCAAUAACAUAGUGGUCGUUGGUCAAUCGCGCAUGCUCUCGUUUUUCUUUUCCUUUUUUUUUUCUUUUGCCUUUUCCAUUAUCAUCAAAUCUGUUGAGAUGGGUGAAGCUUCAUUUUGAGAUUUUCAUUCAUUGUUUCAACUUUCAUGUUUGAACUGACAUGUACUGGGAUUAUGGCAAUGCACAUGCAAAGUAAAUUACUUGGCCUA